CACUCUCUGCUGUAUAAAUAUAGCAGUAAAUACUCAAUACAAACAUCAAUUGUUCAACAGUUCAUUAAUAUUGUGUGAGUUGUUUUAUGGUAUCAGAGCUAGAAAACUCUUGAGUUUUCCACUACAGAUCUAGUUUUCUUCCUCUGCGAAUCCAUUCUAUUUUAAUGGCUUCUACUUCGAACACAACCGGUGUUAUUCAUUCUUCUGGAAAGAUGCUAGCCUCUCUUAAUGCUGCAUCACAGUUUCCAUUGAAGCUUACAAGAGAAAAUUAUCCUGCUUGGCGCGCUCAGAUCGUGCCGGUGUUGCGUGGGCAUAAUCUAAUGGGUUAUGUUGAUGGAAGCUUUCCCUGUCUGUCUCAAGGUGUUCAAAAGGAAGGGAAAGAGAGACUUCAGCGGAGGCAUGGAAUAAAAUCAAAUCAUCGUGUGCUAAUAGGAAUGCCACGAGAAUACUAUCGCUUCGUGAGAAGCUUGCUAAUCUGA